AUGGAGAAUCUACCAGAGUCACCAUUUUUUGAAUCAACAUUGGGAUCAUCGUCAUCAUCUCCAUCACAAAAAAGUCCUAAUGACUUGGGUGCUUUUACCCCAAAUCAGUUGGUGCUAUUGAUCGAUGAUGCUAGUCUUCAUGGAGAGGUCAUGCAUCAUCUCUACGAGGAAGUCACAUCUGCGUAUAAGAAGUUUUCACCCUCAACGCUAUCUAUGAGGGAAGCAACUCGAGUUUGUUGUGCUAUUGCUUUGUUUCAGGUUAUGGCUAAUAACCCAGAAACAAGAACGGGGCUCAUAAAAGCUGAAAUACCGUGUUAUUUCUAUCCAUUUCUCAAGCCCUGUGGAGAUGAUAAGCAUUUGGAGUGUGUGAGGACCACUACCUUGGGUGUUCUCAGUGACCUGUCAAAGUUUGAUGAUCCACAUGGAUCACAUGCCGUUCGUUUCUUCUUGGAAUCGGAAGCGGUUCCUUUGUGCUUGAAGUGCAUGGAUGUAUGUGACGAAAAGUCACAGAAGCACAACCACGAAGCUUCGCGGAUGUUGCAGGUUCUACAUAUCAAUAUUUAUAGAUACCUAUAUUUUUUGCCAAUUGAAGAGAGAAAAUGGAUUGCAAAAAAGGCUGCAUCAAGUUAUGCAUCAUGUUCUGCAUCAAGUUCAAAGGGUAAGGGAUCGAGAACUUCUUGA